AUGGAGAACCAAGAGCCCCAGAUCGACGAGUCUGAGCAACGCGCAGCGAAGCGUCUUAAGGUGGACGAUUCCACGCCGCAGCAGACUGAGAAGGUUGCGAAGCCUGCCGAGGCUCAGGCUGCUGAGGAACGCGUUGCUGUCGAUGAGGCUACGAAGCGCGUGGAGCCUGUCCCUGCCACUGGCAACGGUGAGAAGGCUGAUGUCCCGAUGAGCGAGGCACCUGCUGUCGAAAAGCCGGACGAGGGGGAGUCUGCAAAGCCGAAGCAAGAUGCCAGAGACGUGAGAAAGGGCCAGGCGCCAAUCAAGGCCGAGUUUCUCAUUCACAGGGAGGGUCAAGUGAAGGAGCAAGAUGAGGUCGUCGACGAUGAUGCUGCCGAGGGUCGUGACCAGGGCGAUGCUCGCGAUAGCCGCGAUGCCCGUGACAGUCGUGACGGCCGUGACAAGCGCGACAAGAAGAAGCGGGAAAAGGGCCAGAACAAGGAGCGCACCUUUGGUCACUUUGACGACAAUCUCCGCCUCUGCAACACCCGCGCCUACGCCCCCGAGUUCUCCCCGCGCGAAUGCAAGUUUGGAGAGCGAUGCAACAUGCUUCAUGAUCUGCGCAAGUAUCUCAGGGAGGGCCGCCGCGAGGACCUCGAGACCUUUGAGGGCAAGUGCCCCGUUUACGAGCAGUUCGGGGUCUGCUCGUCCGGCUGGAAGUGUCGCUUCGUCAAGAGCCACAUGAAGGAGGUUGACCACGAGGACGGCCGCAAGGAGCUUGUUCUCGUCGAGGAGCCCAAGGAGGCCACGAAGACGAGCGGCGAAGCGCCCGCCGAGACCGGUCGCGAAGAUCUCCGUCCCGGCGUCUACAACAACACCGAGAACCAGCUGAAGAUCGACCUCAGCCGCAAGCGCAUCGACUUCACGGAGACCGAUAAGUACAUCUCCUGGAUGAACAAGGAGGCGAAGCUGGGCGAUGCGUUCCACCAGCGCCGCAAAGACCAAGUGAUUAGCACCCAGGAGGACCUUCGCGCGCAGUUUGUCGACCCGCCCCUGAAGCCGUCCGAGAAGCGCAAGCUGUACUUUGGUAAGGAGACGCCCGCCCUGGCGCCCCUGACCACCCAGGGCAACCUGCCCUUCCGCCGCCUCUGCGUCGAGCUUGGCGCGCAACUCACCUACUCCGAGAUGGCCCUGGGUAUGCCCUUGGUUCAAGGUGUCAAGAACGACUGGGCGCUGAUGAAGGCCCACGAGUCCGAGAUCAGCCCGCCCCGUGUCAACCCGGGCAGCAACAUCGUCCAGGGCUACGAUAACGCGCGCGAUCUCAAGUUUGGAGCCCAGAUCUCCGGCAGCCAGGCAUGGCACUGUGUAAAGUCGGCCGAUCUUCUUAACCGCUACGUGCCCCACCUGCGCCUCAUCGACCUCAACUGCGGCUGCCCCAUCGACAUGGUCUUCAAGUCGGGCGGCGGCUCCGCGCUGCUCGAGGCCCACGGCAAGCUGGAGCGCAUGGUCCGCGGCAUGAACACCGUGUCCGGCGAGAUCCCCAUCACCGUCAAGCUCCGCACCGGCGUCAGGCAGAACCGCCCGACGGCGACGACCAUCCUCGGCAAGCUCGCCUUUGGCUCCCGCGAGAACCGCGACCGCCUCGGCGCCCCCGGCUGCGCGGCCAUCACCCUCCACGGCCGCAGCAGGGAGCAGCGGUACACCAAGAAGGCCGACUGGGGCUACAUUGCCGAGUGCGCCGCCAUGAUCAAGGCCUACAACGAGCAAAAGGACGACAUCACCGACACGGUCCGCGAGGCGGACGAGUCCACCCUCCCCAACGCCAAGGACGGCCGCAUGUUCUUCCUCGGCAACGGCGACUGCUACUCCCACGUCGAGUACUUUGAGCACGUCGAAAAGGCCAAGGUCGACACCCUCAUGAUUGGCCGCGGCGCCCUCGUCAAGCCCUGGCUCUUUGAGGAGAUUGAAAAGGGCCAGUACCUCGACAAGUCGGCGACGGAGCGCCUGGCGUACGUGGAGAAGUUUUGCCGCUACGGCAUGGAGGCCUGGGGCACCGACGAGCUGGGCAUCGGCUUCACGCGCCGCUUCCUGCUCGAGUGGCUCAGCUUCUCGCACCGCUACGUGCCCCUCGGCCUGCUGGAGCACCUGCCGCCCGACCUGAACGAUCGCCCGCCGGCGUACCGCGGUCGCGACGACCUGGAGACGCUGCUUGCUAGUAAGAACUACAAGGAUUGGAUCAAGAUUAGCGAGAUGUUCCUCGGUCCCGCUCACCCCAACUUUACGUUCCAGCCCAAGCACAAGUCCCACGCCUACGAGGCCGAGGGCUAG